AUUCGGUGCUACCGGGAAGCCUGUUUUGAGGGGCGGCGCAGAAUUUUAGAACACCACAAUCAUAGAACAAUAUAAUACGCAAAAAGUAUAUCUGGCUGGAAACAGGCAGUACGUAGAACAGCUACAUUCGUCAUAGUGGCGCGCCUGCACAAAACAGCUGGCAUAGCCCUUGCACAUGUCCAGUUUACGCAUGUGAAAGUCUGCCAAGACUGUGUGAGGGGUUUUUAAGAGUGGAUUCAUAUAUAAAGAAAACAUAACGAAGUUAUUGUCAUCUAAAUUUCAAAGGAAAGCACAGACAAAUAUAAAACACCCAGCAAAUUCUGAGGUAUUUUAUAAUCCACGUAAAAUAAAACAGUGAUCUACAAUGAGCUGCCAGAUCACUUGUGUUGGAUGGGUAAAGCAAGGAGUUGCUAAAGAAACACCUGACAAGGUUGAACUAAGUAAAGAUGAACUACAGCGUCUCAUCAGUGAAGCGAAAGAACACAUGGAAGAUGAAACUGAAGAUGGUGAAGUGUUAGAUGAUGAUGACGAUGACGGGGUCGCCAGUGCACAAGAACUGAGUGAUGAGACAGGGGCUCCACAGGAACAAGAUGAGACUGAUCAUGAGAAACUGGAUAAAGACGAACUAGCAGAAUAUGGGCUUGAUAAAUAUGAUGAGGAAGACACAGACACAACAAAUCUAGGAGACAGCCUGGCAGGCCUCACAGUCUAUGGAAAUAAUGAAGAGGACCCUUAUGUUACCAUUAAGGAUACUGAUCAGUAUGAGCGGGAGGAUUUUCAGAUUAAAUCAAAUGACAACCUGGUUGUUACAGGCAGAGCUGAGAAGGAUUGCUGUAAUUUGGAGAUACAUGUGUACAAUAAUGAAGAGGACUCCUUUUAUGUGCAUCAUGACAUUCUCUUGCCUGCAUACCCCUUGUGUGUAGAGUGGCUGAACUUUGACCCUAACCCCCAAGAAGGAACAGGAAAUUAUGCUGCUGUUGGUAACAUGACCCCAGUGAUAGACGUGUGGGACUUGGAUGUGGUGGAUUGUCUUGAGCCGGUCUUCUCUCUUGGCAGUAAAAAAAUAACAAAGAAGAAAAAGAAGAGCAAGAAGGGUGCUGCUGCAGAGAGUGCAGUCGAAGGACAUUCAGAUGCUGUGCUGGAUCUGUCAUGGAACAAACUGGUUAGGAAUGUUUUGGCCAGUGCAUCUGCUGACAACACAGUAAUUCUGUGGGACAUGGCACAGGGCAAGCCAGCCUCAACUCUCACAUUACACACAGACAAGGUUCAAGCUUUGAAAUUUCAUCCAUUUGAAGCACAGUCACUAAUUUCUGGAUCUUUUGACAAGUCUGCGAUUCUUUACGAUUGUAGAAGUCCACAAGACAACCACCGGAUAUGGAGGUUUAGUGGUCAGGUUGAGCGAGUUAUCUGGAACCAUUUCUCUCCAUGGCAUUUCUUGGCCAGCACAGAAGAUGGUUUUGUGUAUUGUUUAGAUGCACGGUCAGAUAAGCCGGUCUUUACACUCAAAGCUCAUGACGGUGAAGUAUCAGGAUUAGACCUGAGUAGUCAGAUAAAGGGGUGCCUAGUCACAUCCUCUUCAGAUAAGCAUGUGAAAAUCUGGGAUAUUCUUGGAAACAAGCCUAGUCUCAUCCACUCCAGAGAUAUGAAAAUGGGAGUACUGUUCUGUGCCUCUUGCUGUCCAGACCUACCCUUUGUCUAUGCGUUUGGUGGGCAAAAGGAAGGAUUACGCGUUUGGGAUAUUAGUGAUGUAGCUGCAGUGAAUGCAACAUUUGGAAGUCGAGAACGGUUAGUGGUUGGCACACCACCGGAGGCAACAGGCAGUAGCACACAAGCCACCAGCAGUACUGAGAAUGCAAUGGAGUCAUAGCUUGCCAUACAAGUCAGAACUAUGAAGACAGAUGGUGUAUAUAAAAAAAAAAAGAAAAAAAGAAAGCAAAAUGGAUCCAAGGUUAAAACAUUAAAGCUGCCACUGGAUAUAGCAUUGCUAUAAAAACAGCUACAGUUCACCAGUUAGUACUGUCCAUGCUACAGGAUUUGAUUUGACUUUGACAAAAUAAACAGUAGAAUGCAACCAAAGACAGACUAUAAUAAUAAUGUUAUACUGUAAUUAGAGAUUGUUUUUGAAGAAUUUCAUAGAAAAGAACUGUAAAGUCCAGACCAUGUAGCUAAUAUCGCACACCAACUAUUUUAUAAUGCAGUUAUUUCCAUUACUGGGUGCUACCUCCAGGAUCAGUUUCCCAAACACCCCAACAUUGAUCACAGUUAAUGAAAAUAGAAGUGCAAAACCAAAGAACAAAGCUGAAACAUUGCUUCAUCUUUUAACUUAGUUCAUUUUAAAUAAUAAGAAUUGAAAUGUGAUCUACGAACGAUUAUUAUGGUGUUGCACCUCUAUCUUCCUUAAUAGAAAAGAACUGUGACAUACUGGAAAAUAUGUCCCCAUCCCAAUCAGUGUUUUUUUUUUUUCAUAUUUGGCUGCCUAAUAUGGAACUGGCAGAAAGUGUUUAAUUCCAGAGACACAUUACAACUUUCCCCCUAUCAACUCUAUUUUGCAGUAGAUGCUACAGAAUCGUCAUCCUGGCUGUUUUCUUUUUCACUGUUUUAAUUAGGGCAGAUUUUAUCGGGUAAAAGCUCCUGAGUUAUACAUAUAUUUAUAUGGUAUGGAAGAUGCUGUAAGUUUUGUCUCUGUUAAACUAGUAAAACAUGUUCCCACAAAGAAUAUAAAUAAUAAAAUCUGUCACCCUGAA